AGCCUGGUUGCCUCUUUAACCUUCACAGGUUGGCUAAUGGUGUAUAAAGACUGCCUGUGUUCUAGAGUUACGGCUUGUAAUCUAAGGAAAGACUGUAAGACCAUAACUGUUUUUUGUAACAGCCAUACUAAAGGGAGCCUAGAUAUGAGUUUAAGUCUCCUGUUGUCUCUAUAUCAGUGUGUUUGGAGUGGAAACAGUCUGAAAUAGGGCAGCACAGCACAGCCCUUUUCGCAUUCAUCUCGCCUGUCGCUAUGAAGAGAAUGGACGAGGGAGGAGUUCCUAAGAAAACCUGCCUCACAGGUGGAUGCUUUUCAAUGUAGUUUUUUCACCCCCCUCUCUUUGUUCUUAUUAACCAGUCUCAAUAUCAAUUGUGUUGGAGUUCGGGGGAACAUAAGCAAGGACAAUAGAGAAACCAAGGGCAUUUUGAAAUUCAUCAGGGGAGGUGAAAGCCCUCCGGUUUCGCCUUACAAAGUGACCGAGUAGACACAAUCGGAGAAACACCUGAGACAGGACAGGAACUGAGAAAAAGUUUGUCUAAUUGCUACCGGAUCAAAGCAGAAAGGUCUGGGCUGAGCCUUUGUUGAACCUUACGUGUAUAUUAACUCCCCAAGAUGAGUGCAGCUGUCCGGCGGCGCCUGGUGUCCAAGGAUGGGCGCAGCAGUGUGCGGAUUGACAACGUGGAGGGCAUGGUGAAGCUCUACCUGCACGACAUCUGGACAACAGUGGUGGACAUGAAGUGGCGAUACAAGCUCACCCUCUUUGUUUCUACUUUCUUGGGCACCUGGUUCAUUUUUGGAGUCCUCUUUUACCUCAUUGCCAUGAGCAAUGGGGAUUUGGAGCAGGCACCUGAGUCCAACCACAUGCCUUGUGUGAUGAAUGUGGCGACUCUGACCGGGGCGUACCUUUUCUCCCUGGAGUCUCAGACCACCAUCGGUUACGGCUUCCGCCACAUCUCUGAGGAAUGCCCCAUGGCUAUCUUUACUCUGGUGGCGCAGCUGGUCUUCACAGGUCUUGCUGAAAUCUUUGUGACUGCUGCCUUCUUGGCCAAGCUGGCCCGGCCCAAGAAGCGGGCCGAGACCAUCAUGUUCAGCCAGUCGGCGGUAGUCUGCAGGCACCGGGGCAAGCUGUGCUUGAUGGUGCGGGUGGCCAACAUGAGGAAGAGCCUUCUGAUCCAGUGCCAGUUGUCUGGGAAGCUCUUGUCCCCUUAUGUAACUGAGGAAGGAGAGAAGAUCCUGCUUCACCAAGAGACUGUGGACUUCCAGCUGGACUCCAGCCAGGAGUGUCCUUUCCUCCUUCUGCCCCUUACCUUCUACCAUGUGCUGGAUGAGAGCAGCCCUCUGGUCAGCUUAACAGCUGAGAGCCUGAAGACCAGAGACUUUGAGCUGGUGGUAACCCUCAAUGCAACCAUGGAGUCCACCGCCGCCACCUGCCAGAGCCGCACUUCCUACCUUCCUCAGGAAGUUCGUUGGGGUUACGAAUUUAUGCCCCUGCUGUUCAGCACACCUGGGGGCGGGUACAUCACAGACUUUGACUACUUCGAUAAGGUCCAGGAGAGCAGUGACUCCUCACUGCUUCAGAAGUCGGUGAUGGAAAAGCUCCAGCUGGAGGAAGAGUACAGGAAAGAGUGAAAGGAUGGAGGAAGCAUGGGUAGAAUGGACAUGGGCAUUGCCAAGUGCAGGUGUAGCGGAGUAAGGUGAUUACGAAAUAAUGGGGAAAGACUCUGAACUAAGCUAAUUCUAGUUUGAUGUUUCUUUAUUCUGCUCCGGAGGACCCACUGUCCAGCUUCAACCAUUUCUUGCCCCAAUACACCUGAUCCAGCUAAGGAAAGGCUUUUGUAAUCCAUUGGUUAGGUAGAUUAAGUGUUAAGUCAGGGAAUAAUUACAUAUCACUGGUUUGGAACAACCACCUAAGAAUUCUAAAACAGGAGAUGAGAAUCAUUAGAAUGAAUGAAUAGACCAGAUCUGUGUCCAGAACUGUGUAGGGGACAGAAGGGCACAAACUAACACUAGGUAAAAUGUAACAUGGAUAUUUGAUGUAGUUGAACAGGUUCAAGUAGAACAUGCUUUUACGUAUAUUGUUGUAUUGUCUUAGAAUCAUUUUGACAGUGAUCACAGAAUUCAUAUCAAUAUUAUUUCAAUCACCCUCUCGGUUGCUCUAUACAACAAUGUUUUGAAGCAUGUAAACGACUCACAGCGAGAGCUAACCAGGAUAAAGUACAGCCUCCACAUGGCGGAGUUAGUUUUAACACAAUGUUACAACUAGUCCCCCCAAAGUUACCAAUAAGAGAAGUCCAUACCCACUUAAAUUCAAACAGUUCAUGUUUUGGACGUUUUGUGCACAGGUUAAUUAAAA